AUGAAGUUUGGCAAACAAUUAGAACGUCAGCUUGAAGCCGAGAAUUUACCAGAGGAAUGGGUUGAAGCUGCUAUACAGUACAAAGCCUUGAAGAAAUGCAUUAAUAUGAUUGUGGGAGAGCUCGAAAUACUUGGGCUUUCUAAGGCCACCUCCAAGUUGCUUCUAGGAUCAGAAGAGGUGGAUAUUUCACCAGAAAACCGCAAACUUGCUCAAUAUACGCUUACCAAAGGAAAAUCAGGUACCAGCAUUGUGCCCAGACUUGAAAUUUUACCGGGAGACGAUGUCCAUCCUGAGAUUUGGUCUCAGCUUCGUCAAAGAGUGGAAAGCAAUGCCCACGUGGUCAAUGAACCAACGAACAGCGUGAUAAGGCCAACAAUAACUGAAAUCAAAGACGAUGGAACAAUUGUUGUACUGCUUCAUUCUGACGUUAAAUUUUUCACGAUGUUGGAAAAUGAGUUGAGUCAGCUAGAUGAGCUUCGUGAACGAGAAGAACGAAAGUUGCUUACAGAGUGUGAGAGUAUAUCGGAACAAGUGAAAACCUUAUCUCUGCCAUCGCAAUCGCGAAAGGAUUUGUACGCCUGGCGAGAAUUGUUUCGAGUGUACAUAGAUCUGGAAGUGUACUUUCGUUAUAACGAGUCCAACCUGCUGGCCGCUGAGAGAGACAGUGACAAGAUUGAACAGAAUUUAGAGCAGUUCUUGUUGAACAUGAGGCAACUGAAAAUUUUGGAUAAGUUCAGUCAACGGCAACUGUUAUCGACGUUCAACAGAUUUGUCGCAAUGAAUUUUCAUUUACUCAAGAUGCUCCAAUUCCAGCAAAUGAAUUCUACAGCCUUGCGCAAGAUUCUUAAAAAGUUCGACAAACAAACAAAUUUCGGCAUCAAGAACACGUUUCCACGUUUAGUCCUGGACGACCAUGUCUUCAUAAAAGGCGGUCUGCUUGCUCAACUGAUUUGUUACGUUAUCCAGUCACAAAUCCUCGCUUUAGUUCCACAGCUUGAAGAUUACACAUGCCCCGUGUGUAUGCUGAUAGCAUACAAACCAAUUCAGCUAGAUUGUGGACACAGAUUUUGUGUACGAUGCCUUGUGAAAAUGAAGCAACAAGAACAAGGAGACUGUCCUAUUUGCAGAUCUUCCAGAGCCAUCAUGGCUGCAGACGGAUCUCAUCUAGAUGUUGAGGCUAUGAAAAAGAUGGAAGUUUACUUCCCGAUUGAGGUUAAGCAGAAAUUGCGUGAACGGAACCAGGAAAAAUUUCGCGAUUGGCGUGGUGGGUCCCAGGACAAAUGUCACAUUAUGUAA